GAACGCGUAAUCUAACGGUUGUUGUGUGUUCUUGCCACAUGCCACACUUGCCACACUCUCCAGAGGCCGCCCCGCUUACAAAGUGUUGAAUGGAAUUUUUGGGAAAAAUAUACAGAUAAUAAAAUUUGAGUGCAUUUUGAGAUUAACUCUCCAGCGAGAUAUAUCUCUCCGAUAAACUGUAAAUUGUUUGUGUUUCGUGGUGUGCGAAAAUCGAAGGGAUUUACGGAUAUUUUCCAUAAACAAAAUCGCGCUUCGUUAAUUCUGUUUCUGAUUCGAUUUUGGGUCUCUCGCGGCGCUCGGGCUCCCGACUCCCGAUUCCGGACACCGAUUCCAUGCCGCUAUUAUCACCGUCUCCGGGCUCCACUCUCGUACUCUCUCUCUGUGCAAAUUGUGCCACAUAGAAAAUCGUGAAAUUGAACACACCGCCGGCCACGCAUCUAGCAGCCGCUCCCUCUAGCACCUUCGCCACAUUGAAAGCCACAAGACGAAGAUUUUUAAUUAAAUUAAGAGAGUGAAAAAUAACAGCAAGCCACAACAGCACCGUUCUGCCAACUCCCGGCUGCUAAUGCAAACAAUCAGCACAGAAAUUAAAUAUUUAAAUAUUUGUUUAUGCGGAAAUUGUGCGGCAUUUUAAAUUAGGACGCUCGAACGGAACCGCCAGUACCAGUGUGCCAGUUGCCAGUUGCCAGUGUUUCUAUCUGUGUGUGCCCCGUGCCACAGUGCCGCAGUGUGAAUGUGUAUGUGUGUGCGUGUCGCAGCCGGAAAAGCCAUAAAUAAAGCUAAGCACACAUAAACAAAUAAAAACACACACACAAGCGCAUAUACGCAUAUACGCAUCGAGAGUGUUGGGUCAAAGACCGUAGAAACCAAAAACUAGAGGGGGAUUAUUGUAAGAGGCCGCACUUGUCGUCGAUAGCAAUUAAAACAGACGUCCGACCAGGCCAAAUAGCCAUCAGCUAUAAAUUUGCAACGCCCCAGGAAAAUACAUUGCAGCAAAACAAGCAAUUAAAUCGGAGCAGGCCCCCCCCCGUAUACCCCGUAGCAUACCCGUAGCCGAACCCGGGACGAUCCAGGGACCAAGGACCAGGUCCUGCUGCUGUGCUAUAAACCUAUUUUGAAUAAUUAAAAUACCGUAAGUGCUGCAGUCGAAGAAGUUGGCCAGAAGCACAAGCACAAGCAGAAGAAUAAGUUGUUGCACAAGAAGGAAAAGUAUAGGCCAAACAGUAGCAACAAAGCGAGGACGAGGUAGCAGCGGGCCAGGUGGCCAAGAAGGAGUCCAUACUUGCAACACAAUCUGCGGCCGUGCAAAAUCGUGUGCAGCAAUGAAAUAAUUAAUUCAAUGCACCUGACUAAGCCUUGUGGCAGCAACAGUAGCAGCAGCAGCAGCAGCAACAACAGCAACAAAGGAGGCGCCAUUGCAAAUACAUUCCAUUCCAGCAAAAGCAGCAACAAAAUGGCGAGGAUAACGCGAACAAUUAGCCCACAAAGACACCAUAUCCACCAGAGGAGCCUGCCCCACACACUGCUCCUGGCCGUGGCAGCCAUCGCUCUGUUGCAACUGCAGCACUUGGAGAGCGUGUCGGCCCAAAGCAUGAUGACGAAGAACGAGCCCAUGUUUAUAUCACGUUCGGAGACCUUCAAGUUUAUCACCGGCGAGACAAUAGUGCUGCCAUGCGAGGUGGCCAAUACGGACACCUAUGUUGUGGCCUGGAAGCGGGGUAUCGCCAUUUUAACCGCUGGUUCCGUGAAAGUGACGCCCGAUCCACGCGUGCGCCUGGUCAAUGGCUUCAAUCUGCAGAUACGUGAGGCCCUGCCAACGGAUGCCGGCGAUUAUAUUUGCCAAAUUGCCACGAUGGAUCCACGGGAAAUCACCCACACUGUCGAGAUAUUGGUGCCACCGAGGAUUCAUCACAUUAGCACCGGCGGACAUUUGCAAGUCAAGAAGGGCUCCUCGGUGCGCAUCGAGUGCUCGGCCACUGGUAAUCCAAUGCCGAAUGUGACCUGGAGCCGCAAAAAUAAUAUUUUGCCCAAUGGCGAGGAGAAGCUCCACUCGCACGUCCUCUCCAUCGAGAACGUGGACCGGCACAAGGGCGGCGUCUACAUAUGCACGGCGAACAAUCGCGUCGGCCAGCCCGCCUCCAGCCAGGUGGUGCUCCAUGUCCUAUAUUCGCCAGAAAUCGCAGUGGAGCGUCCCGUUGUCUUCUCGGGAGAAGGGCACGAGGCCAUGCUGGUCUGCAUCGUCCAUGGCGAAACACAGCCUGAGGUAAUUUGGUUCAAAGACACCAUGCAACUGGAUACCACGGAGCGGCACAUCAUGGAGACGCGCGGAUCCCGGCACACGCUGAUUAUACGCAAAGUGCAUCCGCAGGACUUUGGCAACUACUCCUGUGUGGCCGAGAAUCAGCUUGGCAAGGCACGCAAGACUCUCCAGUUGAGCGGAAAACCGAAUGUAGCCGUUUUUAAUUCACCGCCAAUCAGUCAGUACAAGGACAGAUACAACAUCUCCUGGGCAGUCGACUCGCACUCACCCAUCGAGGAGUACAAGCUGUCCUUCCGCAAGCUGCCACAAGGACAUGAGGUCGUUGGCAAUGCCAUUGACUCGCAAUCGUCUUCGUCGUCGUUGUCGUCAUCGCAGUCCUCCUCCUCCUCCUCGUCGCAGAUGUACGGCUCUGGUCUCCACUCGCAUCACAUGGGCAGCAACAUCGGCGGAGUCGGCGGCGCCGGCGGAGUUGGAAUGGGCAGCUAUGCCGGCUACGGCAAUCUGAUGCACUGGGGACGGAACGACUGGCGCAAUGUGGUCCUGCCGGCCAUACCCGUGUCGCAUCACUAUUCGCAGGGCAUGAGCUACAUGGUACGCGGCCUGGAUCCCGAUCAGCACUACGAGGCCACCGUGCAGUCCAGGAAUCGUUACGGCUGGAGCGAUUUGACCAACAGUUUUGUCUUCUCCACAUCAUCGAAUGAUGGACCUGUCGAUCUGUCCACCUUUUUGAAUCACGGUCUGUCAGAUAACGAGAUGCGCGAUCUAAGUGUCACCUUCUAUGGGAGCAGUGCCAUCAAUAGGCAGAAACUGGGACUCCUGGCCCUGAGCUCGGCCACGCUGAUCCUCAGCCUUGUUCUGGCCUAAAUUCGAUUAUGAUUUGCUUUCGACUUAAGUUACGGAUCUCACCGCCAAUAGCAGUAAAGCGUAUCGUUUGGGAUUUUGAUUUUGCGGAAUGCAGCAGAAGGAUACACUCUAGUCGUAAAUGGUAGCCUAAGGAAAGAUAUAUAUAUGUAAACAUAAUUAUAGACAUUCCUGCUACGAUUUCUCAUUCUUCGAUUCAAGAUUCUCAAGCAACAAAACAAAAAAAACGAAAAACCAAUUUCAAAUUUAAAUCAUGACUAACCAAAACGGAAUAAGGAACCAUACAUUCUACGUGUAACAAUCAAUGUAAAAGAGCAUAGAACUGUUCAAACUAGGAACCAUUUAUGCAUACGGAAAACUAACGAAUGAAUACACCCAUAAGAAUACACUCAUACACACUCACAAACUCAGUCACAUUCGCAUUUGCAGACCAUUCGAGCACUCAGAAAUCCAAGUGUACAUAGAUUUUAUUGCAUACUUUUAGGCUUAAGCUGCACCAAAGAAAUAAUAUAAUAUACAGUCAGUCGUAAAUGUAUAUGUAUAUGGAUAUGUAUUUGAUCGAUAUAAUACACAUACAUAUAUACAUAUAUAUAAAUAAGCUUCAGUGUGUGCAGGUGCAUCUGUCACAGGCAAAUGGAAAAUGCAAAACUGCAGCAUUAUGCAAAUAGUUAAUUUAAUUAAUCUAUAAAUUCAUAAACUAAUUAUCGGAUAUGCAAUAACCGCACACACAACACACUUAUUUUAGUUAAAUUAAUUUGUGAAAAAAACACAAUGUUAAAAUCAAAACAAAAUCGUGCAAAAAGAUUCCACUAAUUUGCAAUAUUUUGAAACAAAGCGCGCCCUGCCACUUACACACACAAACACAAACACACACACACAGGCAAACCAAACGACACAUUUUGAUGGCUUAAAGCAGUUAGCAGACAGCAUUUUUCUAGCUUUUUGCAACAUUUGUAUGUACGUAGGACCUAAGUAGCUUAAUUGACCGCAUAAAAGCAAGUAAAUUAGUGAAUACAAGCCCAUUGAUUCAAUCGUGUAAAUUAAUCAACUGCAAAGGAAGUCGGAAAACUUCCAAGUGGAUUGAUUGAUUUCCAAUUAUCGCAUAA